CCAACGUAAGCCAACUAAAUGCUGCAAUGCUGGUGACAUAUAAAACGAAAGUGGAAACGGAGUUCAUUCCUUAAGUAACCAAUUUAAGAUGUUGUGCUCCCAAGAUCCCUAAACCACCGUCCAAACCCAUUGAAUAACUUAUUUAAAGAAAAAUAUAUAGAAAAUGGAGGACGAGUGGGAUUCCUUCGAUCGCCUGCCCAGUGUUCCGAGUGCCUCGACGGAUUUGGAGGCGGAAAACGAGGUGGUCAGCAAUUGGUCCACACUGGCCAACUUCACGCGACUUGUGGCUGGUGCCGCUCCUGAAAUCGUCAACUAUACGCUCAACAUGAUUGACGUGGGUGUGGGCAUGGCCACGGAUAUAUCCAAUCUGAGCGUGAGCACCACGCCCCUGCCCGCCUACGCAAUCUCCAAUAGCUCCUCGCUGGCGCACACCAAUAGUCGCCAUGAAGCACCACCGAUGGCAGAGCAAGUUCCGGAGCACGUGAUGGACCACGCACCGCAACUAUCCCGAUCCGGGCUUCUGAAAGUGUAUGUCCUGGCGGUGAUGGCACUGUUCUCUCUGCUGGGCAACCUGCUGACCAUCUGGAAUAUCUACAAAACCCGCAUCUCAAGAAGAAACUCCCGGCACACGUGGAGCGCCAUCUACUCGCUGAUGUUCCAUCUGUCCAUUGCCGAUGUCCUGGUCACCUGGUUCUGCAUCAUCGGGGAGGCUGCGUGGUGCUACACCGUCCAGUGGCUGGCCAAUGAGCUCACCUGCAAGCUGGUAAAGCUCUUCCAGAUGUUCAGCCUCUACCUGAGCACCUAUGUCCUGGUCCUCAUCGGAGUGGACCGCUGGAUAGCGGUCAAGUAUCCGAUGAAGUCACUCAACAUGGCCAAGAGGUGUCAUAGACUACUUGGCGGUACUUACAUUCUGUCGCUGGUGCUCAGCUUGCCACAGUUCUUCAUCUUCCAUGUGGCGCGUGGCCCCUUCGUGGAGGAGUUCUACCAGUGCGUCACCCACGGAUUCUACACGGCGGAUUGGCAGGAGCAGAUGUAUGCCACCUUCACGCUGGUCUUCACCUUCCUGCUGCCGCUGUGCAUCCUGUUCGGCACCUACAUGUCCACCUUCCGCACCAUUUCCAGCAGCGAAAAGAUGUUUCAAGGAUCAAAGUUGGCCAACUACUCAACGGCCAAAUUGCCCACGCAGACGAAUCGCCAGAGGCUGAUACACAAGGCCAAGAUGAAGUCGCUACGCAUAUCCGUGGUGAUCAUCAUAGCGUUCCUCAUCUGCUGGACGCCCUACUACGUCAUGAUGAUUAUGUUCAUGUUCCUCAAUCCGGACAAAAGGCUGGGCGACGAUCUGCAGGACGCCAUCUUCUUCUUCGGCAUGUCCAACAGCCUGGUCAACCCACUCAUCUACGGUGCCUUCCACCUGUGUCCUGGCAAAGGGGGCAAGUCGAGCGGCGGGGGCGGCAACAACAACGCCUACAGCUUGAACAGGGGCGACUCGCAGCGCACACCAUCCAUGCUGACGGCGGUGACGCAGGUGGACGGCACAGGUGGCAGUUCCCGCCAGAUGCGGGCCUUCCGCCAGCAGAGCUACUACCGCAGCUCCUCCAACGGCACAGCCGGACCGGGUGCUGCUCCCUUCAAGGAGCAGGUGGGUCUGCUGCACGUGGGUCCCGGCAAUGGGACGCCCGGUGGCUCCGUCUCCAGCGGCGCCACGCCGCAGCUGAUGCGUAAGGGCUCGGCUCUGCUGGCCCGACAUCCCAGCUGCCUGAGGGAGCAGGAGCACCAGCAGCGCCUGCUGCUGCACGAGAAGCCCUCGACCCUGGUGCUCAGCUACGACAGCCAGCGGGGCGGAGUGGGCGUGGGCGUGGCCAGCGGUCUGCUGGACAACAACGAGCGGGUGUCGAGCGUGUGAGAGCAGCUGGCGAUGGCGGUAGCGGCGGCGGCGGUGGCGGUGGAUGCACCGGACACAGCAGAAGCAGCAGCAGCAGCGGCAUCAGUGGAUGCGGAUGCGAAUAUGGCGACGGAGGACGCCUGCUCCUGCUGCCAUUGCCUGAGCAGGGAGCUGGUGCGGCGGCAGUUGGAGCUCCAAGUGCUUCCAGUGCAGUGAGGCGACUGCCAGUGGAUUUGAUCCGGCUGGCUGAGUGGCCGGAGCUGGGGAUUCCAGCGAUUCCCUCGGUCAACGUGGAGUGGCGUCGAUGAUCAGAUCACCGGGGCGUGCAACAUGUGCUUAGAUAGUGCUAAUCGAGAGUUAAGUCUUCAAACACAAUGGGUGUGCUUAGAGGUAGCGUAGGAUUAGAGCUAGUCCGUACGAAGUGGUUGUCCUGCACUGGGAGAAACUCGUGGUCACUUUGCAUGUUCUCUGAAUGUUCCAAUACUUGACUUCAACAAGGAUACAAAAUAAGAAAUAAUAUGUAUUUACAGCCCAUAAAACUUAUAACUUGCAAUUAAAUCUGGUUGUGAAGAAAAUAGAUUUAACUUUUGAAUGUUUCAAAUGUUGCGAAUUCGCCAGCGUGUAAUCCGAUAUAAGCAACAAUAAUUACAAUUAUAAUCAAUGUGCAAUCAGAGUCACUUACAAUUUCAGCUUAAAUGACUGCUUAAUUGGACUAUAAAUAUAUACUUCAAAUGAGUUUCUCUCAUUGUCAGGGCAACUUUGUAAAGUUAAUUAACAGCGUUUUCCAGUUUUUUAUUUUGCUCCACCAGCCAAGUAACUAAGAAAUCAAUUCUCUAAUUGUGUAAAAAAGAAAUCAGCCAAAAACAGGGUAAAUCUAACUAUUGUAAAUACAUUUACUCAUUAUUUUGAGAAGAAUAUUGUAAAAAAUGAUUGUAAAGUUUAAAAUA